AUCAUCCGGCAGGUCCAGGCUGUGUUCCCCUUCUUCAGGGACGACUACGAGGGCUGGAAGGACUCCAUCCGACACAACCUCUCCUCCAACCCAUGUUUCCGAAAGGUGCCCAAGGACCCUUCGAAGCCCCAAGCCAAGGGCAACUUCUGGGUGGUGGAUGUGAGCCUGAUCCCGGCUGAGGCCCUGCGGCUGCAGAACACGGCUCUGUGUCGGCGCUGGCUGAGCAGGGGCGCUCGAGGGACCUUCGCCAAGGACCUGGGCCCCUAUGUCCUACAGGGCCGGCCCUACCAGCCUCCCAGCCCCCCACCAGCACCCCAUGAGGGCUUCAGUAUCAAGUCCCUGCUGGGAGACCCAGGGGAGGGGUCACACUGGCCCCAGCUGCCUCCAAGGAAAAGUUCAGCUCCAGGCAGCACGGGGUGUGGCGGGCAAGAGAGGGUUCCCACGCCACCUGGGCCCUCUGAGAGACCCCUGUGGCCCUUCUGCUCACUCCCUGGGCCCACAAGGGGUGAGGGGGAGACAUCCCAGGGGGGGACCAGUCAGCUCUCUCCAGAGCCCAGGGCCUGGCCUCUCCAACUACUGCCGAGCACCCCAGACACCUGAGGAGGACUGUCUGAUGGGGGACACAGGGCCCCACUUUGGGGGCAACUGCCCACUUCCUACUUGCCCAUCUAUACCCCCAAUGUGGUCAUGCCCUUGGCCCCCCUACCAACCACCUCCUGCCCUGGGUGCCCACCCGCCACCAGCCCAGCCUACUGGGGGGUGGCCCCUGAAGUCCCAGGGUCCCCUGGGCUGCUCUGGGAUCUCGACGCCCUGUUCCAGGGCGUGCCUCCGAACAAGAGCAUCUACGAUGUAUGGGUGAGCCACCCACGGGACCUGGCUGCCCCAGCCCCAGGCUGGCUGCUCUCCUGGUAUGGCCUGUGA